GGAUAAUUACACUUUUCGUCCCUAUACAUUACCACUUAAACGAUUUUCGUCCCUAAACAAGAUGAAGUUACAAUUUUCGUCCCUAAACAUGUCACUUUUAUGCCGUUUCUGUCCCUCCGUCCAUUUGUCCAGUUAGUUUGGACGGAAAAUCGCAUGUGCGCCGCACGUGACACACAAAAAUACAUCUGUAGUAUUUAUUUAACUCAUUUGAAGAAUGGUUUUGAGAAGCAGUAUUGAUUAUAGAGCCGUUGAAUUCUCGAUAUGUUGUCAUUUGCUUUGUGUACGAUGUGGUGUACAAACUACUAUUGUGCUUGUCAUCUUAGAUUAGUAGGCUAAUUUCUCGGGGACUCUCGACAGCGCCAUGUUUGGCAAGCAACCAAACUUCUUAUUUCUAGUUGUCCCAUGAACAUCCAACUUCAUCAACUGAAACUGCUUUUCUUUAACUUUUAUCUGCAGAUAAUCAAAUGUUUGUCUUACCUUUUCUGAAAAUAUACAUGUGUACGGCAGACCCACAUUAAUUUCAAAAAAAAAAAAAAAGAGAAUUAAAAAAAUGAUGGAUGAUUAGAUAUAGAAAAAUGAUGUUGCAAUGACAAGAAUGUAACAAGAAACCAACAAUACAAUGAAAUAAGGUGAGUGAGAAUUGAGUUAUUUCUUAAUUUUCCCACCUUAAUCUGCCAUUGCUUUCACCUUGAUCUUACUCACCAGUCACCACACUAUAUAUAAACCUCACCUUCUCAUUCAUUCUCUUCGUCGAUAAACCUCCAGUAAUCGAUUCGGUUUAUUUUGUUUGUGCGUCAUUCAUUCUCUUCGUCGAUAAACCUCCAGUAAUCGAUUCGGUUUAUCGCACAAAAUUAGAGAUGAAACAGUUGGUACUUAUCCUAUUCCCCUUACUUUUCCUUUUCUUUGCCGCACUAACUUCCGGCCAGUCCACGGCGGCAGCCGCCCCUGCAACGCCAGGCCCAACCAACCUGACCGCCAUCCUCGAGAAAGCCGGCCGAUUCACCAUAUUCAUCCGCCUAUUGCAGAGCACCAAAGUGGCGGACCAGAUCUACACACAGCUCAACAAUUCAAACCAAGGCCUCACUGUUUUCGCCCCAACCGACGGCUCAUUCUCCGGCCUGAAAUCAGGCACACUCAAUUCCUUCUUCGACGAGCAGAAAACCGAACUCAUCCAAUUCCACGUCCUCCCUUCCUUUUUCUCUCCGUCGCAGUUCGAUACCGCGAGCAAUCCCCUGCGCACGCAAGCCGGCGGCAGCGAAGAGCUUUUCCCCCUGAACGUAACCGCCUCGUCGACGGGGAAUCAAGUGAACAUCACAACUGGAGAGACGAACGCGACGGUGGCAAAUCGCCUUUAUAAAGAGGCGCUCCAUUCCCCAAUAUCACAACUGUAGAGGUGCUUUUGUGUGUCACGUGCGGCGCACGUGCGAUUUUCCGUCCAAACUAACUGGACAAAUGGACGGAGGGACAGAAACGGCAUAAAAGUGACAUGUUUAGGGACGAAAAUUGUAACUUCAUCUUGUUUAGGGACGAAAAUCGUUUAAGUGGUAAUGUAUAGGGACGAAAAGUGUAAUUAUCCC